AUGUCUCCUUUGGGCGCGCCGUGGCCCCUGAGCCUCGUGAUUCUUUUGGGGAUGGGGGUGGCGUCGGAGAGGAUCGACUGCCCGAGCAGGUGUAGCUGUCGGUACCUGGGAGUGAACUGCACAGGACAGCAGUUGCAGGAGUUCCCUGCGGCCAUCCCGCUGGACACCAGGCAGCUGAUCCUGGCGGCAAACAACGUCUCGUACCUGCCGGCAGUGGAAUUGAGCUUCUUGGCUGACUUGGUCUACCUGGACUGCAGGAAGAACCUCUUGGGGGAUGACCUGGAUUUCACUUUCAUUGGUCUGGCCAAGCUUGUGUAUCUGGACCUCAGCUUCAACAACCUCACACAGGUCACCUUCAGCACCUUCUCACACCUCCUCAGCCUAGUGGUGCUGAAGAUCGCGGACAAUCCCAACCUGGUGGCCAUCGAGAAGGAUGCUUUCGCCAACAACACCUGGCUGAGGCACCUGGAUGUGAGCAGGACAGGCUUAACGUUCCUGGACACCAGCACUGUCCAGGACCUGCCCAACCUGAGGUUUCUGGGGCUCAGCGACAACCUGUGGCACUGCAACUGUUCCUUUUUGGACUUCAUCACCUGGAUGACGGAGAGCAACGUUCGUUUUCCAGAUGCUGCCAACAUCACCUGCUACACCCCAGCAGGCCUGCGUGCCCUGAAAAUGUCUGCAGCGGAGGCACAGCUCCGCUUCGACUGCCUGACCCAGCUGCACAAGCAAGACUACAUCUUCCUGUGUCUCAUCGGCUUCUGCAUAUUCUUUGCUGGCGUUGUGGCAGCCUGGCUGGCUGGCAUCUGCGCUGUCAUCUACAAAGUCCACACUUCAAAGGGGGAGGAGGAGGCGGAGUACAAAGACACUUAG